AUGUUUAAUACUAAAAUCUUUGAUAAUAGUGCUAGUUCAGGGUCUGCCACUGCCACUGCCACUGCUGUAAAUAUCCCCCUAAAUAACAAUGCAUCAGGAUCAGGAUCUGGUACAUCAUUUGGACAUUCACAGCAGCAGCAACAACAGCAACAACAACAGCAGCAGCAGAACCAACACCUGUACAACAAUGACCAGCCGCAACCGAUUGAUAUCACAUUUAAUCAUCGGCCAUCCAUUUUCAACAACUCCAGAUUUAGAAGGGAAUCAGUAGCGCAUUCACAAGGAAUGGGUGGUAUUUCAUGGGGGUCGGUAACGAUAGGCUCAUGGUUGAAAGAUGAAGUGAUGUCGGUCAAUAUAGGCGGCGGGCUGAAUAAUUUUUUAAACCCUCAUUAUAAUCAGCAACAGCACCACCACCAACAACAACAACAACAGCAGCAGCAACUGAACCAUCACAACUUGCAACAGUCGCAUACCAAUCAUCAAAAUUUGAUAAAUCCGCGCAGAGGAUCCUUUCGCACAGCUUUCCACCCUAGCAUGUCGCCGCAGCAGCAAACAUCAUAUCUACCAGACUUGGAAGCUGAUUAUUGCAAAGAUUAUAAUUGUUGUGGUGAAAUAUUGCCUACAUUGCAUGAUUUAUUAAGACAUUAUGAGGAGGCCCAUAUACUGGCAUCCCCUCCAGUAGAUGCUACCCAGAAUUUACUAAACAAUAACCGCAAUCGUAACAAUUACAACAAUAUACACAAUGUGAUGGAAACAGUAUCGACAACAGAUGUAUUCCUCAACAAUAACCACCAUCAGGGAGUCGAUGUAACUAAAGGUUACGACGGAGGUAAUAAUUAUCAGUUCAAUAGCAACCCAGAAUCACAAAUAAACCCAAACCAACAACAACAACAACAACAACAACAACAACAACAGCAGCAUCAACAACAACAACAGCAACAUCAGACACCACAAAGCCUCGAGCAGCAGCAACAACAACUGCACCUACAGCAAAAUCAACAACAGUCACAGCUGCAAUUUGCCAAUACUCAAUUUGCAAACCAACAAUCUCCACUCAGUCCAUCACAAGCAGGAGGUACACCAAUGCAAACUGAUGACGAUGAUAUUUAUAUUGACGAUCCAGCGCGUCAUUUAUACGUGAUGGAAAAUGAAGAAAAUAAACCAUUUAGAUGCCCAGUCAUUGGAUGCGACAAGACCUACAAGAACCAGAAUGGAUUGAAAUAUCAUCGUGCUCAUGGCCAUCAAGGACAAAGACUUCGUGAAAACCCCGAUGGUACGAUAUCCAUCAUUGAUCCAGAAUCAAAUAGUCCUUAUUUGGACAAUUCAGCAUUGGAAAAGGAUAAACCAUAUCGUUGUGAAGUUUGUGGAAAGAGGUAUAAGAAUCUCAAUGGGUUGAAAUACCAUCGUGGUCAUACUACCCAUUAG